AACGUUUUCUAAUCGAAAAUUGCAUUAAAAUUUUAUGGCUCUUCGACUGCAGAUAGCAGUUUCCUUUAGGUGUCAUGAGGUGUUUUUUCGUUAUUUUUAUACUUUGUUUCAUACGAAGAUUUACUGAUGGGCAAUACCUCUUGGAAGGCCGUGCUGACGACUCUGAUAACAAUGACAUAGUCGUUCUAGAAGAAAAGGUUAAUAACGAUUCAGGGGACGGGUCAAACGAUGCAACAUUUCGAGGAGACGAAGAAGAUGAUGAUGAAAAAGAUGAGAAAGAUGUGACGCAAGCUAAGGACUCGUCUCUGGAAGCUAACACAGAGGCUCCCCAAUCAGACGAAGAGGGCAAAGGAGCCGUGCUUGAAAAGGAUAAGAAAGUAUUUACGGAUACAGUACAAAGGUAUGCAAGCGAGAUGGCAGCAGGCGACAACCAUGAUCUUAUUGGUCAGAACAUACACAUUAAACAAUCCAAUGCCUAUAACGACCUCGGCAGAAGAUUUGUUCCACAAUACCAGUAUACGGGACCAUCCAAAGCCGCUGCUGCUGAACAUAACGAAGAUCUUGUACCCGAAAAGGCUCCCCCAGAACUAGUAUUAGUGGUUGCAAAAGAGUCGGCCUUGUUGGGACCCGAUAAAGAUGUGGAUAAUGAUCUCGAUCAGAAAAAGAUAUUAAGAUCUGGGGAUUACUGGGAUGGAGUGUGGAAGGAAGAAAUCGCUCCGAAGUCUGCAUUACGGUCGGGAACAGAGAAAAACACAGAGAAAAAAGUUCUUGGAUCAAUAAAAGCAAAAGUGAAACCAGGAACGGAAUUUUACAAAGUGGUGUCCAGAAUGAAGAAAAUAUCUCCACGAUUACUUUAUAUUAUAAAUAAAAAACAGCUUUAA